UUGUGUAAACAGCGUCGUUGCCGUGGCGACACAGGAAGUGUAUCCACGAUCAGGAGUCGGUGGUUUUUAAAGAGAAAUCCGCGCUCUGCUUUUUAUAAAGUCUUUUCGCUGAGAUGUGUUUAUUGCUCGGUGCCACUGGAGUCGGAAAGACGCUUUUACUGAAGCGGCUACAGAAGCUGUGUCAGUCGGGCUCUCAGGAGGCUUUGGGUGAAGCUCCUGUCACGCUGCCCACGGUCGGCACCAACCUCACAGACCUCAUCCUCAGGAAGAGGAAGAUCACGGUUCGAGAGCUGGGGGGCUGUAUGGGGCCCAUUUGGCCAAAAUACUACUUAGAUGUCAGAUGUGUUUUAUUUGUGGUGGACUGUGCCAACGUUGUCCAGAUCUCGUCGUCUUGCGUCCAGCUGCUGUCCGUUCUCUCCUCGGAGCCGCUGCAGUCUGCUGCUGUCCUCAUACUCUUCAACAAGAGGGAUCUUCCCUGCACCAUGUCUCUGGUGGAGCUGAAGGCGUUGUUCAGGAUGGAGGACAUCCUCAGGAGUGCUCCUCAGUCGAUCUCAACACUGGAGAUCAGCGCUCGCUCCGGACAGGGCCUUCAGGAGCUGCUCAGCUGGCUGUUUUCAAAGGACAGAUGAGAGAGCUGUGUCCCACGCCACACACUAAUCUGAGAAACAGCUGAGGAGAAAUGUAGGAGGACCUCUGAUGACCGUCAUGUCGCUCCAAACCACGUAGCGAUGAUCAGACGAUCAUCAGAUUGAGAUGAUUGUGUUGAUGUGAAUCAUUCAUUUCAUUAUUAUUUAAGCUUUUAAAUUCUUACAUUUGAUCUAUAAAUUCAAUUAGCCCAUAAUAAUGUGUUUGUUAUUAUCAGUAUCUGAAAUUAAAUCAUUUACAGUGAAAAAAAAUACAACUGCAUUAAAUAAUAAUAUG